AUGUUUUCUAAGUUUUCUCAAAAGCUCUGUUUGCUUAAAGUUCCCGGACUACAGCGCGCGAGCCAACCCUUCUGCCUUGCAUGUGGCGGACGCGGAGAGCUGUUUUGCGCUGCGUGCGGGGUAGCGCCGUAUUGCAGCCCUAAAUGCCAGAAAUCUGAUUGGGUCAAGCGGCAUAGGGCGGUCUGCCAUAAUUUGGCCAGGACACCAGACCAGGUGGAGGCGAGUCAUAGUGAAAAGGACGAACCAAUGCACAGUGACUCUAAGGAAAUAAAGCGAAACCAUCGUUUUUCAAAACACCAGAGACUUCAGACUCAGGCUGACGAGGGCUCGUCUGGUAACACUGAUUCUAAUAGGAAUGAUAAACGAUUUGAAAGGAAACCUCAAAUCAGUACACGCACUUCCGUACCAACCUCAGGUCCCUUACGCCGUCCAAAAUGUUUAGAUUCAGACAAAAUAGAGACACAAACCGACAAACCCGCACCACCAGAGAUAAAUGAUACGGAGAAAUUGAAUGUAGUAAGAGCCCCAGCCGCAGAUAGAAGACCGAAUUUCCGGCCCGGAAAAGGAAUUGAUGAUUCGCAGAAAUCUAUUGGAAAUGAUGCGCAUGGUACGAAAGGGGAAGCUGUUCAAAAUGGCGAUUUGUCUCAAAAAGUUCAAGGUCCAAGAGCAAAGCCUAGCGCUCAAAACUCCAUUCAACCGCCAAAGGAACAUAAGGAGAAGACUCAAACGGCGCCUGUUGUUAUUCCGAAAAUUGAGAUAUUGCCAAAGAUGUACAUUGUAGCCACAUUCGAAGUGGGAGACACGUUCGUUCUGUCGGCGGAGGCUGAUGCCAAGGACUGUCUUUCGAAGCAGAAGGGCUUCAUCUGCAUCGCUCUUAACAUUAGUUGUGAAGACAAGUACAAUUUACUUUGCACUGACUACUGUGCGUCGUGUGACGCUGAACCCGAUACGUAUACACCAAAACCAGGCGACUUGUUCUCAUUCAACAACCGAGAGGGCGGAGACAGUUGGUUCAGAGCUCGGUGUUUAAACUCAACGUCUGCCGCGCUCAUCGAUGCUUGUCAGAUAGCGUCAUUUGCAGCUGGUAUUUGCAAGAAGAUUCCCAGCAACUAUCAAGAUAUUCCCGAAUUCUGCUGUGUGUUGGAUGCUGAUGUCUCGAUCGGUGAUCCACUAUUAGCCACGGUGGUUACGAAGUUGUCGUGUGAGUCUGUUCGUGUGGAUCUACAAAACACAUUAACGAAUGAAAAACUCGGACUUGCUACUAUAAGCAGAUGGUCGCCGGCUAUCGAACUCCCUAUACAAUCUGGCAAUCCCAUCCCACAAGUACCAAGACCGUCGAUAAAGAACAACUCUAAAGUGAUACUCGUAGAAGCUUCGAAGCUUGAUGCCGUAUACGUUCGCUCAGCCGAUAGCAACGCGGCCCGGCAGUUCAAUGGUGUGUUACAGGACGCGAUACUUUGUGCACAGAAAGGUACACCCCUAAAGGAGCCCCCAGCUAGAGGCCAAGUGGUGAUCGCGAAAUAUAAAGACGGAAUCUUCUCCCGAGCGCUCGUUCAACGAAUUAACGCUUUAAGGACAAAAUAUCUGCUUGAAUAUAUCGAAUUUGGUUAUGUGGAACCACAAACACUAGAAACACUCUACCCGUGUCCAGACAAGCUGAGCCUUGAGAAUCAGCCCACAGUUGUAUCCUGUGUUAAGGUGAGCACAGAAUACCCGGAUAUCACUGAACCUGCCAAGGCAUAUAUCAACAAAGUACGGGAUCAAGAAUUAGAAUUGAUUUUGACAUUAACUGAUGCCCAAACGGCUCCAAGUGGCAGUGAAGUCAGCUUGACCUUGGAGAAGAAUAAAGAGAACUUCAAUCGACAAGUCGUAGAAAUGUGUAAACCGGGCUGGAAGUUGAUGGAACAGAAGGGGACUGAUGUCGUUGAACUAGCACCAAUACUGUACUACGAGAUGGACUUCGUGAGUGUUCCGUCGUCUGGUUGCGAAUUCAUAGUACUCGACAUCGGCACACUCUUCGGCGGCCUGCUUAGCGGAUAUCCGUCUGACUCGCCACGAGCAUCCUAUAUCUUGGAUAAUUUACCCGAUUUGAUGGCAGCAUAUUGUAACAGUGAUUUGGGCCGGGAUCCAUAUUUACCUCUUACCAACGAAGUCUGCAUCGCGCAGUUGCCUCCACAUGAAGAAUGGUUCCGUGCGGUGAUGCUGGAACAGGAAAAUGGCGCUGGUGGGACCGAAGCGAAGGUGGCCUACAUCGACUAUGGGAAUAUCGCCACGGUGCCCGUCAGCGUGUUGAGGAAAAUGGUGCCGGAGUUUAUCAAGGAUAUACCCGGGUUGGCUUCGACUGUGCAGAUAAGAGAUUUCCCAAGUUCCCCAACUGAAGCAAUGGUGGAACGCGCAUUGGAAUACCUACAAUUGGACGAUUUGGACCGCGGUCGUCUAAAAAUUGAAAAUUGUACCAAAAUCGGAAAGAAUACUUACGAAGUUGACGCGCCGGGGCUCAUAGCUAUGAUGAAAGGGAAAAUAUAA